AUUUUUCCCAAUUCGAGCACUGCGCAUAAAAAUUUAGUAUAUUAAUUAGUUGUAGAAAAUAUCCCAAGUACCUAAUCAACUUCAUCUUGAUUCGAAAGAGAUAAUUACCUAAUAUUUAGUGUCUCUUUUUGCAAACUAUUCUCUAAUUUUUUCGAUAAGUCUCUGAAGCCGCGCCUGUAGGUACUGACUGGUUGGCUGGUGCGCAUGGGGUGUGCUAGUGCUCGACGGACAGUGGUCAACCGUGUACCGUCAUCGCGGGCAGGAGUUUGGGAACGGACGUCGGCACGUCAUUGGGGUUCGUGCCCUUAUCACUAGACUUCCACGGCAGUGUGACCAAUGCGUGCGACACUAUUGGCUAACACGUACCAACAGCAGCGGUGGUGGUGGUGUCGUGAUUCUCAUAUCUGAUUCCGCUGGUAUCAUCAUCGUCGUCAUGAGUCCGCGAGUUCCCGGAUUUCGCCGAUUCGUGGCGGGUGUCAGUGUUUGCUGUACGUAAUGUUCUCGGCGCGCCGUUGACGUAAUAAUAUUCGUCUGCGGGAAUGGUCCUGAAACGGAAAACGCGUCAGCGAAAGUGCGCAUGACGUUGCAUACCGGAGAACGGGCCGAAGACACUGACUGAAACCGUCGGCAUCCGCAAUCGGUAUGCGUGCCGCCCUCGUCUGAAACGAACCGGCCCCGGAACGUAGCCGACUGCUCUCCCGAACGCCGACAGCCGGCAACAUGGCGUGGGCGCUGUUGAUCUUGAUGGUGUGCACGAACACGUUGCUGUGCCAGUGCCUCGACAAGGAAGACGUGAUAUUCGCAGUGAACGCCGGCGGCGACGCUCAUGUGGAUAGCUACGGAAUACUGUACCAGAGGGAUUUCAACAGGAUCGGCACUGAGUCCGACUACGGCAAGAAGUUGUCCAUACAGCGCGUGAAGCCCCACGAUCAGAUCCUUUACCAGACCGAAAGGUAUUCGCAUACCACUUUCGGUUACGAUAUACCCAUCAUGCAAGAUGGUGAUUAUGUUAUGGUGUUGAAGUUCAGCGAAGUGUACUUCACGAAUAGCGGCUUGAAGGUAUUCGACGUUGUAUUGAACGGUCAACAUGUUGUGAUCCCACAGUUGGAUAUUUAUGAUAAAGUUGGAUUUAGUUCCGCUCAUGAUGAAUAUAUUGAAUUUACAGUAGACGGCACAUCAUUAUAUUGGAGAGGAGAGAUUUCCGAAAUUAAAGGAAAUCUUGUCAGAGUUGAUUUUAUUAAAGGUGACCGCGAUAAUCCUAAAGUAAAUGCAGUACUUGUAGCAAAAGGCAGGAUUUCAGAUAUACCAAGAUUGCCAGAUUUGUAUUCCGAUAUUGAACCACAACAACAUGAUGAAAUUGAAGUUGAAGAAAAUACUAUUAUUAAUGACAGCAAAGACCCUGUAAAGAUAGUUCAACAUACUAGAAAUCCAAGUGGUCCUAGAGCACCUGAUCCACAAGAUGUUAACUCCAUGAAAUUAAUGCCAAUAUUUGGAGCUCUUAUUGCCUUUUUUGGAGCACUUCUUCUACUUUGUAGACUCUGAAGAGUUAUAUAUAAAUAUAUAAUUUUGUAUUUUUUUCUUUUUUAAUUUUUAUUUUUUUAAAUUACAAAACCAAAAUUGUUCAGUAUUUUUUUUUAUAUAUUAUUAUCAAUGUAAAACAAACAUAAAUUGCACACAUCAAUAUUGUUACUGUUACUUAAUUUGUAUUACAGUUGUAUAUAAAACAUUUAUUUUUAGUUUUUGCUUAAUAGAAAUUAAUUAUUCAUUUCUGGAAGCAUAAUUUGUACUUAAAUCGACUGAGCAAUUAGAUCUGUUAAUUAUGCUUUGUUUAAAUUAUAAAAUUGGGAGGGGUUAUUGUAGUUUUUUAAAGACUGUUGUUUUUAUUGUACACACAUAAAAUUAAUGAUAACAACAAAACCACUAUUGUGUAAUAUUACAAAUAUUGAUAAAUUGAGAAUUGUAUAACUGUCAUAAAUGUUUAACUGUAUUAAAGCAAUAGUUAGGUGUUUGUUAUUAAUA